GUCGAAAACAGGACCUCCUACGAUACACAUGCCCAGAGUACGCUGACAAUUACAAUUAUAUGCAGAAAUUGUAGCACUUGAUUGAAGUUGAACUUAGUGUAGGCAAUUGUAAUAGGUACGGUCUGGUUGUCAGCGGUUUGUAUCGCAGGCGCACUGGGACUGUCGGUACGGACUAGCAUAGAGCUGUCCUUACUCUAUGGAUGGGAGACUAGCCACCACGUAUUAAAUGUAAAGCAUAUACACCCACCCUUGCCGGUACUACUACUACGGGGCACACAUCGACUGCUCUUUCACAGCUCACAGUGAAAACCCGCGGGUAGACGUCACGAUGGGAAGUUCCCACAGCCUGGAGCUGGAGAGCAAACGUGUCGUCAUUAUCGGUGGUGGUUACGGUGGUGUCGCUGCAGCCAAUAAACUCCUCGGGAAAUGUCAGCUGACUCUGAUCGAUUCAAAGGAGGCUUUUCAUCACUGCCUAGCUGCUCUACGCGCCUGUACUGAGGACGGCCUCGCCGGUAAGACGUUUAUCCCAUACGAGCCAACCUACGGCAAGAGUUUCAAACGUGGAACCGUCGUGGCGAUCCUCGUAGAUUCGAAAGAGGUGCUUCUGUCCGGAGGCGAGUCGAUUGGCUACGACUAUCUCAUCAUAGGUACGGGGAGCCAGGGAGGGUUUCCCGGUAACGUCGAGGGUGGAGAGGACACCGAUGUUUACGUAUCAAAGUAUACAGGCAUGUUGCAGAAGGUCAAGCUUGCCAAGGAGAUUGUAGUCAUCGGUGGCGGGGCCGUAGGGCUUGAGAUGGCAGGUGAGAUUGCCACCGACUUCCCCGAUAAGUCUGUAACUGUCGUUCACUCCAGAGAUUAUCUCGUCGAGGGUGAUAGCCUAAGGCCUGCAUUCAGGGAUGGAAUCAAGGACCAACUCACCGCCAAGGGAGUCAAACUAGUUCUUGGCGAAAAAGUAUCUAAUCUCAACGACAUCCCCAGGGAUGGAUCUUCCAAGUGUACCGUAAAGACAAACAAAGGGACUGAGAUCCAGGCUGAUCUUGCCAUCGUGUGCAUCGGGAAGCCAGUCAAAUCAUCCACCACGUACUCUAAGUCACUUCAAAGCAGUAUGACAGAACGUGGGCAAAUCAGGGUCAAUGAACACCUCCAAGUUGAAGGGCUCACGGACGUCUUCGCUAUCGGGGACUGUUCAGAAUCUGGUGCAGGGUUGGCUUACGUGGCGGGUGCCCAAGGGGAGUUAGCUGCUGAUAAUAUAUGGUACAGCGUCGAAAAGAGAGGCCUUAAAAGCUGGAAAAGUAUGGGUGUUAUGAUGAUUCUACCAAUUGGACGCAAUGGCGGAAUGUUCCAGGUUGGAAACUGGGUCUUUGGCACCUUCUUAUCACGAAAGAUCAAGAGCGAGCAUCUCUUUCUACCAAAAUACUGGGGCGAGAUGAAACAAACAAUGCCCACUGAGACUUGUCUCUGAGAGUUACAAAUGUGUGUGAUUUAAAGGAACAUUUUUAACAAAAACUGUUGCUGGCAGUGUAAUCCACCAUGUUAUACAUAACUGACAAACCUUUAGAAGUUUGAGAUCGAUCCGACAUCUGGGUCUAGAGGAAAUAGUGAAAAAACCGUUUUUGCUCUACAUCGAUGCGAAAAAAACUACUAAAACGCUUCUCAGAGAUAAACUUCAAACUCAAAAUUAGAUUAUUUAUUUCUCAACAAUAAUCACGUUUCAGACAGAAUUAUUUCAAGAGAUGUUUUCAACUAGCUUCAUCAUUAGACCGUGUAAGUUUUAUGUAAAAAUAUGUGAUCUUCACGAUUUCUUUUCUUACAAAUUCUGCCGUUCCUUUGAUUCGACCACAGGAGUGGAUAGAACUACAUCUGUGUGUGUUUUUCCCGAUUUCAGUCUUAUUCUGUAGACGUUUAUAAACAUAUAUUUUUGUUUUUAAAAUAUUUUUAAAAUGUAUAUGGAUCUUUGUAAAUAAUUUUCCGUGUUGUUGGGUUCCCUGUUUAUGACAUUAAGGAGUAUACGCUACGUCACUGCAAAGGAGACAGUCGGUUUUUUUGUGUAGCCUUUGAGGCCGAUGUCAAACUUGACAACUGUCUGACUAUUUAAUGUCAUCUAAUUUAUUAUCAAAUUAGCUAUCCCAGCCUGCAGUAUGAUAUCAUGUGGUGAGUGUGUCGUCACGUAAUUCUUCUUCUGUCUGACCAUUAAAUAUCACCCACUGUGGACUUUUUGACAUAAUAGAAUGUACUAAAAUACUUCUCAUAGGUUAACUAAAAUAUAAUUAAAAUAACUUUGUUAAGUUGAUAUUAUGUUGGUUCAAAUUGGCCACAAAUCAGAUCUUGCUUCUUUAAAUUGGAAUGAUAAUUCAGAGUUAAGCCAGCUACAGUCAGUUUAAUACGUCAAUUUAUAAAGUUAUGUUUGUCCAAUUAGAAUAGAUGUGAAUUGUCCUGCGCCAAUUCUAAAACAAGAACGUGUUUGUCAUAACACUCUACUGUAUAUGGGGAAUAUUUCUUGGUGUUAUUUUGGUUUUCGUGCGACUAACAAAAUGCCAUGUAUAAUAAAGCAGAUGUAUAUACUCAGC